AUGGGAUACAAAGACUCCUUCCGCAAUACGUUCCUGGUGGACGUGCUGGAACACGCAGGUCUAGUCAAGCUAGACUCAAACUUCGUACAACAAGAGCCUGUCGCGGCUGCCGCCGCGCCCUCUGAGACGUCAGACAAGAAAGAAAGGACAUCCGUGGAACGCGACCUGGAGGCAGCUGUCGAAGAGGCGGAGCAAAACGCAGACCCCGCUGCCGUUGCCGCUGUAAGGUCAAGAUCGAGCUCCGCGGAAGAAGAUGAAGUGUUCGAAAAGGCCGAAGAAGUUGACCCGUUCCUGGUCGACUGGAACGGUGACUCGGACCCGGAACACCCGCUCAACUGGAGCAACCGUAAAAAGGGAUUCAUUGUCGCCCAGAUGAUGCUGCUUACAACCACCACAUACAUGGGCGCUUCCAUUUACACGCCGGGACAAGAAGAGAUUCAAAAGGAGUUCCAUGUGGGACAUGUUGUCGGCACCCUGAAUUUGUCGUUGUACGUGUUAGGAUACGGUCUUGGCCCCAUUAUCUUCUCGCCGCUUUCGGAAGUCGUCACCAUUGGACGUCAGCCGCUAUACAUCAUCACAUUGUUCCUAUUCAUGCUAUUCCAAAUAGGUUCCGCCACCGUUCGCAACAUGGGCGGUCUAGCCGUUAUCCGGUUUAUUGCCGGUGUUGUGUGCUCGCCUUCUCUUGCCACCGGUGGUGCCACCAUGGGUGACAUCAUCAACCCCGAAAUCGUACCUAUCUUUAUCGGCCUUUGGGCCGUAGGCGCCGUAGCGGCGCCUGUCAUCGCCCCCCUAUUGGGAGCCGCCAUGGUCGUCGCUAAGGACUGGCGUUGGGUGUUCUGGUUACUCACUUUUAUCAGUGCCUUCACGCUAGUGCUGCUAACGGCAUUUUUCCCCGAGACGCAGCACAACAAUAUCCUGCAUAGACGUGCCAAGCGUCUACGUAAGCAGACCGGAGAUAACCGCUACUACACCCGCCAAGAACGCAUAGACUCGCAAGUGGAGGUUGGCGCUUUCAUGAAAGAGCUGUUUGUACGUCCCUUUUUGGUUAUGCUGAAGGAACCUGCCGUGCUUGCCUUCGAUAUUUACAUCGCGUUGUGCUACGGUGCUUUCUACCUGUUCUUCGAGGCUUUCCCUAUUGUUUUCAUCGGCAUCUACAACUUCACGCUGGUGGAGAUGGGACUCGCAUACAUGGGAUUCUGUGUUGGGUGUGUGAUAGCUUAUGUGCUUCUACUGAUGUACCUAGCGAUGUACAUCGGACCCAAGUUCAAAAACGGUACUUUCAGACCAGAAGACUUUUUGCCGCUAGCCAUGCUUGUGUGUUGGUGUCUACCACUCGCACUGUUCCUGUUUGGUUGGACCGCCCGCGUGCACUGGAUUCUGCCCGUUAUUGCAGAAGUGUUUUUCGUGCUAGCCGUUUUCAACCUGUUCCAGGCCGCGUUUGCAUACCUGGCUAUCAGUUACCCACGUUAUCUUGCCUCGGUUUUCGCCAGUAACGGGUUUUGCCGGUCGGUCUUCGCUUCCGCUUUCCCCUUGUUUGGUCAAGCCAUGUACAACAACCUGGGCAGCGAAAAAUACCCUGUUGGCUGGGGGUCCUCUUUGGUGGGAUUCUUUUGCGUUGGGCUAGCUGUGAUUCCAUUCUUCCUAUACAAGUACGGACCCACGCUGCGCGGCAAAUCAGAAUACGCUAAUUAG